GACAGUUCCCGCGCUGGACACCGGAUCUGUCCACAAGGCUCGACUCUGCCAUGUAUCACGGACAUUUGCCUCCUUUCGCCCCCACCUUCAUUGCAGUCGCUUUCGAGCCGCCAAGGGUCCGACUGACAUGAUUUUCUUCACCCAGCUGACGAGUCUUGCUUUCCUUCUUUCCCUCGCAGCUGCUCUAAUUAUACUAUGGAUUCUGGCGCGUCUCGUAUACCAGUCGCGCAACUCUACGAUACGCGACCUUCCGGGACCUCCCAACGCGAGUUGGCUGUUUGGUAACCUCCAGGAGAUCUACAGCGCCGAGAAUGCGGUCAUGCAAGAGCGGUGGACUGCACAGUACGGCAACACCAUCAAGUACAAGGGAUGGCUGGGCCGGGAUAGACUCUACACCGUCGACUUGAAGGCCCUGGGUCACAUCUUGAAUCGGUCCAUGGAGUACUACAAGCCCGAGGCUGUCAAGUUCUACCUCAUGCAGACACUCGGUGGAGGGAUGCUCUUUGUGGAAGGCGAGAAGCACCGUCAACAGCGCAAGGUCAUGAACCCUGCCUUUGGGCCUUCUCAGAUCCGCGACCUGACAGAGACGUUCGUGGCAAAGGCGCUCGAGCUGCGCGACGUGUGGCUUGACGCCAUGUCGAGUGAUGAGAAGCCGGCGCGUCUUGAUGUCAUGAGCGGAUUGGGAAAGACGACGCUCGAUGGCAUUGGACUUGCCGGCUUCAACUACAGUUUCGACUCGCUCAAGCCGAAUAGCAAGUCUAAUGAGUUGAACAAUGCUUUCCAGGUCAUCUUCGGCUCCGCCUCCGCGAAGCCCUCCAUCUGGACGAUGUUGACUUUCUUCAUAUCGCCGCUGCGCUUGAUUCCGACAUGGCGCAGCAGACAGAUUGCCGUUGCGAUGAGUGCGAUGCGGCGCAUGGGCAAGCAGUUGCUCAUCGAAAAGAAGGCAGACAUCAAACAGGCCGCGGAAGCCGCCGGUGGGAAGGUCGACGGGAAGUUGGAGGGGCUGCGUAGUCGCGACCUCCUGACACUCCUCAUCAAGGCAAACAUGGCUACAGACAUCCCUGAGCAUCAAAGAAUGUCUGAUGCAGACGUGCUUGCCCAGGUCCCGACGUUCCUAGUCGCCGGGCAUGAGACGACAAGUACCGUCACUGCUUACUGCCUCUUCGCUCUGAGCCAAGCUCCAGAGGUUCAGCAAAGACUGCGCGAGGAGCUUUGGAAUGUCCCAACUGAAAAUCCUACCAUGGAUGAACUCCAAGAGCUCCCGUACCUCGAUGCUAUCGUCCGGGAAACGAUGCGCGUACACGCGCCCGUUCCGGUCACUCUGAGGGUCGCGGUCCAGGAUGAUGUCGUCCCGCUCAGCACGCCCUACGCCGAUCCCCAAGGUAAUCUCCAUGACACAGUACAUAUCAGCAAGGGCACUAUCAUUGAUGUCCCCAUCACGGCCUUGAACCGAUCAAAGGCAUUAUGGGGGAAGAUGCAUCAGAGUUCAAGUGUGCCCGAACGGUGGGAGUCCCUCCCGGAAACCGUGCAGAACAUCCCAGGUGUGUGGGGCAACAUGAUGACGUUCCUCGGCGGCCCGCGUGCAUGCAUCGGCUGGCGGUUCUCCGUUAUCGAGAUGAAGGCUUUGGUGUUCACCCUCGUUAGGACGUUCGAGUUCGAGCUGGCGGUAUCUCCGGACAUGAUCGUGAAGCACUCAGCGAUCGUGCAGCGGCCCCUCAUUCGCGGAGAGGAGUCGAAGGGCGGACAGAUGCCCUUGCUCGUGAAGCCGCACAAGCGCCUUUGAGUUCCACCGGCGAGGGCAUGUACUUAUUUUAUUUUAACUUAUGGUUUCUGCUACCGUCGUUCUUUAUCUCUCCGCUUCCCCUUUUGCUACAGCCAUGAGGACCACAAUGCAGUCACAAUAUCUGCUUUCAAUCGCGACCGGCCCACUGAGCGUCGCGCUCGUUAACACAGCGGAACGCCCGACUCAUACGAGUCACGACGGCCAUGCCGGCAUGUAGUACGCGUACAAUGGUGGAAGCUCGCGGCCCCAUCUCUUACGUUGUGUGGUUUG